GGUACGUCAACAGUGCGAUAGCCAAGUAUCGCACUGUUGGGUCCCGAUGGUGUCCCAUCACAAAUUCGUGCUGUCGACAGAUCAUGUCCCUUGGUGUGGCACGCGUUGCUGUGCGCCUUUGGCCUGUACAUGUACGUGCGCAGCAAGCGGGGCGACGAGGCAGUGAAGGCGGUGGUCACCACCAAGCAGCGCAAGCUCGCGACCGCCAGCCACAUCCUCGUCGAGCAGCAGGCCCUCGCCAACGAGCUCAAGGAGCGGCUGGCCGGUGGCGCAGACUUCGCCUCGCUCGCCCGCGAACACUCACAGUGCCCCUCCGGCCAGAAGCGUGACGGCUCGCUCGGCAGCUUCCCCCCCGGCCAGAUGGUGCCCGCCUUUGACGAGAUUGUCUGGACGGCACCGCUCGGGGAGGUGCAGGGGCCGAUCAAGACGCAGUUUGGCUGGCAUCUCAUUCUCGUCACCGACCGCAGUGGCCCCGAUGUGGAGGCCAAACAGGAAUAAGCCGUCGCCUUGGGCCAGCGCUGCCAACUACAGCCCGGUGACGCGUGCGGAGGCGCCGUCUACAGCCGCUUGACGCGCAGCUUGCCGGCCGUGGACACGAGAGACGAGUGUCGCGUGGAGGAAGCAGGGCACACACACACUCCACACACGCAGGGCUCGUCGCCUCGCGCGCGAUGGAAGAAACCCGGGGGGACAUGUGUGACCAUCUCUCCGUCUCGCUUGAGAGUUUGAGUCCCACCCAUAUACAGGCUUCUGGUGUCCAGUCGCUAUGGCCAGGGGCCCAGGAGGCUCGUGUGUAGUACACUUUGUAGAGAACGUUUUUUUCCGUG